UGAUUUAUCAAAUUUUCAGGAAAUACUUCGACACAUUUUUAUGACGAUGAGAGAAGGAUUCAAAUACAAAAUUCUGCUAAUUGUAUUUGUCAUCGUCUUGCAUGCCAAAAGCAGCAGUUGCCAAAGAAAUGAACUGAAGAGAUUCCAAAACAUAAUAAAAGAAACAGCCACAAGUAAAAUGGGAAAUUUCGUAAUAAGCUAUCCCCAUCGAAAAGCAGACAUCAGACGUCAGCUGAUUGUUCCGAAAUCGACGCCAUUUCCUUGCAGAAAUAUGACCAAAAUCGGCUUAGGAAGAUCGCUUACAGUGCCAACUAGCGUUCAUCGACUUAGACCAGGAGACAUCGAUAUUAUCGCAGCUAUGGGCGAUUCGCUGGUAGCUGGAAAUGGUGCUAUGGAGGAAUACGCUCUAGGAACUAUCAUAGAACAUAGAGGAGUUUCUUGGUGCGCAGGUAGAUAA